GCAAAUACUGCUCUGCUACCUUUCGUCGUUGACGUCCACGUUCCAUUGCGUUCAGUGUAGGCUUCGUGAUCCAUGGCCAAGGCGCCCUUGCUCACAGUGAACGAACGACAGCUAAGACGCCGUCUCUGUUCAUGGCGAACCACACUGGUUAUUGCGGUGCAGGCCUGUCAGGGAUCCCGGACUGGGGGUAUAGCGAGUCCCAGAACCUGGGUCCGUUUGAAGCGGAAGUUGGCCCUGUGCACUCCUCGCAGGUCCUGGGGCAGGGGGACGUCGUCCCUGGCCAGUGCUCCAGUAUGGAUGCAUGUGGCGGUGGAUUCGAACCACCAUACCCGGCGCAGCUCCCACAAGAGGCAGUCACCUCUCCUCCGUCUAUCGCAGUGCAGCAUCCAGUGUGUCCUAGUGCCAGAGUUGCAGCACCACCGACGAACUCAGCAGGGACAGGCCGGGGUCAUGGUCCGUGUGUGUGGAAGGUCACAGAUGGCGUGGGGGGCACCCUGCAACCCACCCAUGCAGUCACGGGUGGUGCACCACUAUCCUCGCCURUCACACCGGUCCGCGGGUUCAGGAUCGGCCUGGGAGGUGAGAACGAAAACGCGUUGAGGCAGAGCUUGCGAGAGCGUGCGAUGCGUCUCGCUGAGGGUCUCCCCGCAGACUGUGACGUUGGGAUGCUGGGAGGGUCUGCUGCCUCUGCUCCGAGGCCGGAGGCCGUCCACCAUGGCAGUCCCGCUGGUUCCGGUGGUUUUUCUCGGGGGAGUGCCACGGUAAGUGCACAGCAAAGUCCUGCUGGGUCGGGGACAACGCAUGGCCAUGGAGGURACGCGUCACUUCAGCACAUGCACGGCGAUGCGGGUGACACUGCGUUGCCGUGCAAUGAACAGAGUCCUCCGUCCACGUACAUGCUGAACUGCUUGAUACGUGACAACGAACGUUGUCCCUUGGGUGUUCAACCUGUGCACAACGUUGAUGUUGGUACGAACGACAUCUUCGAAGAGGAGACGCCCCGGCAGCAGACCCCAUCCAGCUGCGCUCGCAGCUCAGGUGUGCGCACUGACACGCCCUCUCCUGUCCCAAGCGGAUUGCAGUCCGGGCCCGGGACCACCGCUUCACAGUCGGGCGGGGGGGCAUCUGCGGUACCGGGCCAGCGCUCUGCGUCGCCCCCACCCAAUAACGAGAGGUGGGGGGACAAAGAGACGGACUGGCUUUGUCGCUAUCGGAACGAGGUGAGGACGCUCAUGGGAGAAGACACCGAGGUGUACGGACGUGCCCGUUUGAAAGCCGGUUUUUGGAAAAUUGUGGAGCAGCGGAUGCGGGAGAAGGGUUACAACCGGAAGGAUGACCAGUGUAAGAAUAAGUUUAAUCAGAUUAUGGAAUASUACAGGAGGCUGAAGGCRCAUGAGAAGUGGUCCGGACGCAUGAGUUACUGGGAUAUGAACAAGGCUCAGAGAAAGAGGUACAACGUCGAUUUCGUACUCAAACGGAGCUGGUACGACAUCAUAGACCCGRGCGAGAAGGACAAGGACUCCAUCGACUUGUCAAAUCUGAUGGACUCCGGUGCAGACGAGGAGCRUUUGGAAGAUGAAGAUCUUGCUGCGGAGGCUGAGGAUGGAAUGGGUGGAGCAUCUGCCGGACAGUCGGCUGGCGUCGGUGGGUCUGCGUCAGGGUCGCAGGGAACAGGCAUAGAGCCCAUGCUAGGGAAACGCAAGCGAGGUCCUCUGGCAACGAGUUAUGGAGCCGCGUGUCUCGAUCUCGAUUGCGAUGCUGACGGUGAUGAUAGUAAUGAUGAGAUGAUAACCAUGCCGUUACGGGUUAUAGCGGUAGUCGGAGCAGAAGGGAGGAGGAGCUUCGAAGCGCAGAGAGGAGGGGAGUCCGUUGCGCGGACGGAGAGUGCGUGUGAUGACAUUGGCGAUAUGCAAGUAGAGAGGGAGCUGCAGGCAGACUCUUUGAGUGUUUUCAACAUCUGGAACAUGUUCAACACGACUCUUCUUCGGCCUCCCCGCGUGGUUUUGACCGCUAGUACAAAUUUCUACGGUAAUUCAUCCGGUGACGUUGAGUGUUCUCAACAUAUCACGAACAUGGUAUUUACCUCCCAGACGGGGGUGUUCUUCUACUCGCAGUCGGAUUACUGCGAGAAUGCUUCUGCCCGAAGGUCGGUCAGUUCAGGUCACUCUUUGCACAAGUGUGAUAUGCGAGGUCUUGGCAGCUCUGGGACCGCAGAGGCCAGCUGCUCCCUGCUCACUCUUCAGUGGAUGUCGUAUAACCCGAACGGCACAUCGGUAAGGCAGCCCUACAACUCCACAUUCCGGUCUGAUAUUCAAUUUACGGCGCUCGAUCUGUCGCGGAGCGAGCGGUAUCUCGUUCUGCCAUUUGCGAAUGGCUUUUCGGGCGCAGGUCUGGCAUUCAUCGACACGACGCCCGCCGUUGUGCUUGCGAACUCCAACCCGGCGUCCACUGGAUUGCAGCCCGGGCCCCUUUGGCAACGUCCUCUGGCAACGAGUUAUGGAGCCGCGUGUCUCGAUCUCGAUUGCGAUGCUGACGGUGAUGAUAGUAAUGAUGAGAUGAUAACCAUGCCGUUACGGGUUAUAGCGGUAGUCGGAGCAGAAGGGAGGAGGAGCUUCGAAGCGCAGAGAGGAGGGGAGUCCGUUGCGCGGACGGAGAGUGCGUGUGAUGACAUUGGCGAUAUGCAAGUAGAGAGGGAGCUGCAGGCAGACUCUUUGAGUGUUUUCAACAUCUGGAACAUGUUCAACACGACUCUUCUUCGGCCUCCCCGCGUGGUUUUGACCGCUAGUACAAAUUUCUACGGUAAUUCAUCCGGUGACGUUGAGUGUUCUCAACAUAUCACGAACAUGGUAUUUACCUCCCAGACGGGGGUGUUCUUCUACUCGCAGUCGGAUUACUGCGAGAAUGCUUCUGCCCGAAGGUCGGUCAGUUCAGGUCACUCUUUGCACAAGUGUGAUAUGCGAGGUCUUGGCAGCUCUGGGACCGCAGAGGCCAGCUGCUCCCUGCUCACUCUUCAGUGGAUGUCGUAUAACCCGAACGGCACAUCGGUAAGGCAGCCCUACAACUCCACAUUCCGGUCUGAUAUUCAAUUUACGGCGCUCGAUCUGUCGCGGAGCGAGCGGUAUCUCGUUCUGCCAUUUGCGAAUGGCUUUUCGGGCGCAGGUCUGGCAUUCAUCGACACGACGGUAGGUUCCAGAACCACCUAUAACGUCUCCGACUUGUUCUAUUAUAGCGGUGCAUUCAAUCCUAACCGCACUAUUUUCUACCUGGCAAAAGAUGACUGCCUUCAGUACUCCGUCAUGGAUGGCGAGUCGCCAGAAACCUUUGUCAGCGAUUUCCAAACAAGAGCAUGCCCUACUAGCAUUCCGGAAACCCUCUUGUUCAGUCAUCGAAGCUUUCUCCAAGAUGGGAGCUACCUAUACGCUGUGGCUAAUACUACAUUUGUAGGCUUUGACCUAACCAGUGGAGUGGUGGCUCCUCUAACUGGGACCCCACUAGGAAGUUGUCUUGUGCUGACACAAGAAGGAUGCAACUUUUUCUUCGUCGCAGAUAAUUAGGAUGAUUGGUCGAGCAUCAUGCGGGGGGCUUUUGAUAAACCGGGCGGAAAGGU